AAUCUUGUUUCUUAGGGGCCUUUCCGUCAUCAAAUCUAACCCAUUUCCCCUAUAAAUCCCAACUCCAUGCUCACAUUUCAACUCGCAUCGCUUCAGACUUGCCCCACUCAACCACCACUCCUCCUUCAUACCUCUCUCUGCUCUUCCACCUUUUAAGUUUAAAGAUGGCAGAGACUUUCCUAUACACCUCCGAGUCUGUGAACGAGGGACACCCCGACAAGCUCUGCGACCAAAUCUCCGACGCUGUCCUCGACGCGUGUCUUGAACAGGACUCAGACAGCAAGGUCGCAUGUGAAACAUGCACCAAGACCAACCUUGUCAUGGUCUUCGGAGAGAUCACAACCAAGGCCAACGUUGACUACGAGAAGAUCGUGCGCGACACCUGCAGGAAAAUCGGCUUCGUCUCAGACGAUGUGGGACUCGACGCCGACAACUGCAAAGUCCUCGUGAACAUCGAGCAGCAGAGCCCCGACAUCGCUCAAGGCGUGCACGGCCACCUCACCAAACGCCCUGAGGAAAUCGGCGCCGGCGACCAGGGUCACAUGUUCGGCUACGCCACCGAUGAAACCCCGGAAUUGAUGCCACUGAGUCACGUCCUGGCGACCAAACUCGGUGCCAAACUCACCGAGGUUCGGAAGAAUGGGACAUGCCCUUGGCUGAGACCUGAUGGGAAGACCCAAGUGACUGUUGAGUAUUACAAUGACAAGGGUGCAAUGGUUCCUGUUCGUGUCCACACCGUGUUGAUUUCAACUCAACAUGAUGAGACUGUGACGAACGAUGAAAUUGCUUCUGAUCUGAAGGAGCACGUGAUCAAGCCUGUGAUCCCUGAGAAGUACCUUGAUGAGAAGACCAUCUUCCACUUGAACCCUUCUGGGCGUUUUGUGAUUGGUGGGCCCCACGGUGAUGCUGGUCUCACUGGGAGGAAGAUUAUUAUUGAUACCUAUGGUGGUUGGGGUGCUCAUGGUGGUGGUGCCUUCUCUGGGAAGGACCCUACCAAGGUUGAUAGGAGUGGGGCCUACAUUGUGAGGCAAGCUGCUAAGAGCAUUGUGGCCAGUGGACUUGCAAGGAGGUGCAUUGUGCAAGUUUCUUAUGCUAUUGGGGUGCCUGAGCCUUUGUCUGUGUUUGUUGAUACUUAUGGCACUGGGAAGAUUCCUGAUAAGGAGAUUCUCAGCAUUGUGAAGGAGAAUUUUGAUUUCAGGCCUGGGAUGAUUUCUAUCAACCUUGAUCUCAAGAGGGGUGGCAACAACAGGUUCUUGAAGACUGCUGCUUAUGGACACUUUGGCAGAGAGGACCCUGACUUCACUUGGGAAGUGGUCAAGACUCUCAAGUGGGAGAAGGCAUAAGAAAUUUGAGUUUUUUGAGCUUGCCCUUAUCUGUCUAAAUAUUCGAUCAACACUGUCCUCGUCUCUUGUUCUGUGUGUUUCUCACCCCCUCUUACUAUUUUGUUUCUUCUAUGUUCUUUUACAUUUGUAAUUUUUUAUUACAUGAUCGAGUAAAAUAACGUGGUCUCAGUUUGUAUGCAUAACACCAAUGCAUGCCUUGAUAUCAUAGUAUUCAAUUCAAAUGUUUUCAUUGCAA